GACCUCUGUCCCGCGCCUGUCUCAGACCACGUUAUCAACCCGACUGCUUAACUGUUAGCAGUUUCAAUGGACAUGACUGAUAGAGGCGGAGUGGGAAGACUUCGAAGUUGUGACUGAAUUGGGCUUGCAGCACUUACAUUUUUGAUUGCACUGUAUAUUUUACAACAGGUCUGGGACUUGGCUUGUCUGAUUAAAGUCCAGCUUUGCCUUGUUGGAUAGCCGUUUUCAACCCAGCCGUACAAGUGAGUUCAGAAGUUUGAGCAUUCAGUGGAGUUCUGUGCAAGGGCAAACCCAUAAUUACUCGCCGUUUUUCAUACAGCUCGACUGAAAACAUUUCAAGUAGAAGUGAGCUAUAGUCUACCUCUAUCAUGGACGAGGAGAACGUCUUACCAGAUUUUAAGGAUAUUGAGACAAAGUUGGGUCGUAAAGUCCCUGACAGUCUUAGGUCAUUUUUGGGAGGAAAACAUCAAGACAAACAAGAAGAAAAACCAGCCACCGUAAAUUCAAAAACCCGAGAAAAUUCUGCUGACUUGAAAAGACUGGAAAGCAAGAUGUUAUUUUUGAAACAGGAAAUGGCCAAUCUGCGGGCCAUCGACGUGAAGCUGCUGCAGCAGCUCAUGUCUAUCAACGAAGGCAUCGAGUCCAUCCGCUGGGUGAUGGAGGAAAAAGGAGGCGUGACCAGCCGGGAGAGCAGCUUGAAUGGCAGCUUGUACAGCCUAUCGGACAGCCAGGAUGACACCUCGCCCCGCGGCAGCUUCACCAGUCUGCACGACGGAAACAGCGAUGGUCUGGAUGGCAUUUCUGUGGGUAGCUAUCUGGACACGCUGGGGGAGGACAUGCCAGACCACCCUUCGCCGACGGACAUCGACAGCUUUUCAGAUAAAGCUGUUUUUGAGGAGGGUACAUUCAGCAAGCCACCGAUGAGACUUAGAGUGGAAUCGGACGAAUACUACUGCUUUGGAUGAUUUGGGGCUAACUAGUGGAAUAGUGGGGGUGUUGUCAGAGUUGACAGUAGACAUUAAAGGUUUUGUUUUGUUGUGA